AUGAACGUCUCGGACCCCGUCGAGGUGGCGGAAGUCGCCCGAGCCAGGGCUUCUGCCCAAGAUGCUCAAAUCGACGAGAAGACGGACCACAAAUUGUCGCUCACGCCUAGCAUUGAGGAGGUUCCUCCGGCGUCAAAAGAAGCGGGAGUCUCGUCUGCGGCUUACGAGGACGAUCAUUCCCAUCUACAGAGGCAAUUCCCCUCUGAUGACGACUUCAAGCACCUCCGCCGGAUAGCGGGCGAUAUCCCUUGGACUGCGUACACGGUGGCGUUUGUCGAGUUGUGCGAGCGUUUCUCUUACUACGGCACGACUGCAGUUUUCGUCAACUUCAUCCAGCGUCCUCUUCCCGAGGGCUCGACCACGGGUGCGGGAUAUGACCACUCGAAUCCCGGUGCGCUGGGUAUGGGCCAGCAGGCGUCCACUGGUCUGACAUUGUUCAACGCGUUCUGGUCUUACGUGAUGCCCCUGGCCGGUGCCUACAUGGCUGACCAGUACUGGGGUCGAUUCCGGACCAUCAUGUUCUCCAUUGCCGCGGCCCUUCUGGGCCAUAUCAUCCUGAUCGUCUCGGCUUUGCCUCCGGUUAUUGCGCACCCCAAUGGUGCCAUUGCCUGCUUCUCGAUCGGUUUGCUUAUCAUGGGUGUGGGUACCGGUGGUUUCAAGUCCAAUAUUUCUCCCCUGAUCGCCGAGCAAUACCGCGAAGAAGUCCCCUACAUCAAGACUCUCAAGAACGGCAACCGCGUGAUUGUCGAUCCCGCGGCCACCAUCUCUCGCAUCUACCUGUACUUCUACAUGAUGAUCAACAUUGGCUCGAUCCUGGGCCAGGUCAGCAUGGUGUAUGCGGAGAAAUACGUCGGUUUCUGGCUGUCUUACUUCCUGCCCACCGUCAUGUACCUGGGCUGCCCGAUUGUGCUGUUCUUCUGCCGCAACAAGUAUCACCUCGUCAAGCCGACCGGCUCGGUCUACACCCAGGCCAUCCGUCUGUGGAAACUGGCCAUGAAGGGCCGGUGGUCUCUCAACCCUGCCAGAAUGUAUGUCUCUCCUUUCGCGGUGGUCUGUUGGUGGCAUUUUACUGACCCUCGCAGCUGGAAGAAGAACCCGAAGCCCUUCUGGGACUCGGUCAAGCCCUCUGCUCUGGGACGCGACCGUCCCCAGUGGAUGACCUUUGACGACGAAUGGGUCGACGAAGUCAGCCGUGGUCUCAAGGCCUGCAAGGUUUUCCUCUGGUACCCCCUGUACUGGCUCGCCUACAACCAAAUGAUCAACAACCUCACUUCCCAAGCAGCCACCAUGCGUCUCGGCGGCGUCCCCAACGACAUCAUCAACAACCUCAACCCCCUCUCCCUCAUCAUCUUCAUCCCGAUCAUGGACAAACUCAUCUACCCGGGCCUCCGCCGCAUGGGCAUCAAGUUCACCCCACUCAAGCGCAUCACGGCCGGUUUCUUCUUCGCUGGGAGCGGCAUGAUCUGCGCCACCGUCACGCAGUACUACAUCUACAAGAUCGGCCCCUGCGGCAAGGAAGCCAACUACUGCCUCGACGAGCUGAACCAGCACUCCGACAUCUCCGUCUGGGUGCAGACUCUCACCUACGUGCUCGGCGGUAUCUCGGAGAUUUUUGCUUCGGUGACUUCGCUCGAGUAUGCCUUUACCAAGGCGCCCAAGAACAUGCGCUCGCUUGUGCAGGCGGUGGCGCUGUUCAUGAAUGCCUUCUCGUCUGCGCUGGGCCAGGCGCUCGUCAGUCUGUCCGAGGAUCCGCUGCUCGUCUGGAACUAUACUGUUGUGGCGAUCCUGGCGUUCGUCGGCGGCAUUGGCUUCUGGCUGACCAACUACAAGUUGGAUAAGCAGGAGGAUGCGCUGAAUAACUUGCCGGCCAGUCGCUACGGUGGCGACAAUCCCGAUCCUAAGCUGGAUGAGGAGUCCGUGCGGCAGUAA